UUGCAAGAAGCUUUAUUUUAUUUUCAAAUUAAUUUUUCCAUUUUCUUGGCUGAGAAUAUAAUAGCAUAAUAAUUAUAUUGAGGUUUUAGAGAAGGUUCCUGAUUUAUCUGAAAAGUCCUUACUCUAGCACAAACUUGAAAGGGAUGUUUUGAGAAGUCAGUAGGACAAUAUAUCUGAAUUCUGAUUGUACAUCCGGAGUUUACACCUACAAAAGCCACAAACCUAGUACAGGGCCUAAUCCUGCUCAUGGAAAUGGAGAAGAGAGCAUUGUAGGCACAAAACCAGUGGAUACCAACAAGUUCUGCCCUCAUUUGGAAGAGGAGGCUGGCUCAUUUAGAGGAAGAGUGGCCAGCGAUCUUUGGAUCUCCCCUGAGGUUGUCACUUUCCGUUUCCCUUUAUCUGAAUCGAUGCACUCUAAGCUGGUCUAUUUGGUUUUUGUGCCAGUUUUUAAAAAUACUUUGUUCCAACAAGAGAGGCAUUCACCUCUGGAGGCCGCCUUAGCCUUUAACUUGAGCCUGGAGUUGUAGUCACCGUCCAAGUAUGCUCCCUGCACCUGACAUUCCUUCCCACUGGAGCCUCUCGGUGAAUAAGAGGAAAGGCUCGGCCAAUUAUACUAGACAAAGCCGUACAGCUGCGAGUCAGCUGGGAGGAGUUUCCGUUUGGAGCUGGAGCUGGUGUCGGCUGGCGCUCCCACCUCCUUCUCCCCCCUUGCCACCACCCCCUUGUAUUCUCAGAGAUUACCUGGGUGGAGGCCGGUCCCUGACUCCAGAACAGGGCAGUAGAUGCUGCCAUACCGGCAGGUGCCACCCACCUCCAGCCUCGGCCUCAAGAGCAAAAACCCAAGGUUCAGGUGGUACCCGGCACCCUGCCUGAAGGUUGGCGGGAGGGGAAGGGGUGGUCCUUACGGCUGGACCCUCCAGCUGACACAGGAAGUGCGGGGAGAGCCUGGCACUGGGCUGGGAUCCGCCCCGCCUGCCGCUCCUAGGCUGUGCUGUCUCCGUAGAACAAUGAAGUGCUUCCAAGUUUGCUGAGACUCCUGGGGAAUCCAUCGAACUCUGUCAGCCUUCAAAUGUGCCGCCAGUGACUUCCCCCUAGAAGCUGUGUUUUAAUAAAAGAAGAAAAAGACACCCUUGCCGGGUAGAUCGCUUUGUUAGGAGAUCCUCACGACCAUGGUCCAGCGCUUUAGCCUCAGGCGGCAGCUCUCCAAGAUCGAGCGUUUGGAAGUAAGCAGCCUCGCCCAGACUUCCAGUGCCGUGGCCUCCAGCACCGAUGGCAGCAUCCACACAGAGUCUGUGGAUGGAAUACCAGAUCCUCAGCGCACAAAAGCUGCCAUUGCACACCUGCAGCAGAAGAUCCUAAAGCUCACAGAACAGAUCAAGAUUGCACAGACAGCCCGAGACGACAACGUUGCUGAAUACUUGAAGCUUGCCAACAGUGCAGACAAGCAGCAGGCUGCUCGCAUCAAACAGGUGUUUGAGAAGAAAAACCAGAAAUCUGCACAGACUAUUCUCCAGCUGCAAAAGAAGCUUGAGCAUUACCACCGAAAGCUCCGUGAGGUGGAACAGAAUGGGAUCCCCCGGCAGCCUAAGGAUGUCUUCAGGGACAUGCACCAGGGUCUGAAGGAUGUGGGUGCAAAGGUGACUGGCUUCAGUGAAGGUGUAGUGGACAGUGUCAAAGGUGGAUUUUCCAGCUUCUCCCAGGCUACCCAUUCAGCAGCAGGGGCUGUCGUCUCCAAACCCAGAGAGAUUGCCUCACUGAUUCGGAACAAAUUUGGUAGUGCAGACAAUAUCCCUAACCUGAAAGACUCAUUGGAGGAAGGACAAGUGGAUGAUGGGGGAAAGGCUUUAGGGGUGAUUUCAAACUUUCAGUCAAGUCCAAAAUACGGUAGUGAAGAAGAUUGUUCUAGUGCCACUUCAGGCUCAGUAGGAGCCAACAGUACCACUGGGGGCAUUGCUGUAGGAGCGUCCAGCUCCAAAACAAACACCCUAGACAUGCAGAGCUCAGGGUUUGAUGCACUGCUGCAUGAGGUCCAGGAGAUCCGGGAAACCCAGACCAGACUGGAGGAGUCCUUCGAGACCCUCAAGGAGCACUACCAGAGGGACUACUCCUUAAUAAUGCAGACCUUACAGGAAGAGCGGUAUAGAUGUGAACGACUAGAAGAGCAACUGAAUGACCUGACAGAGCUCCACCAGAAUGAGAUCCUGAACUUAAAGCAGGAGUUGGCCAGCAUGGAAGAGAAAAUCGCCUAUCAGUCAUAUGAACGGGCCCGGGACAUCCAGGAGGCCCUGGAGGCCUGUCAAACCCGCAUUUCCAAGAUGGAGCUGCAGCAGCAACAGCAGCAGGUGGUGCAACUGGAAGGGCUGGAGAAUGCCACUGCCCGAAACCUUCUGGGCAAACUCAUCAAUAUCCUCCUGGCUGUCAUGGCAGUCCUCUUGGUCUUUGUGUCCACGGUAGCCAACUGUGUGGUCCCCCUCAUGAAGACACGCAACAGGACGUUCAGCACUUUAUUCCUUGUGGCUUUCAUUGCCUUUCUUUGGAAGCACUGGGAUGCCCUCUUCAGCUACGUGGACCGACUCUUCUCACCUCCCAGAUGAUGCUGGCACAGAAAGCAGUGCUCCUCACCGUCUGGCGAGUGCAUGCCAAGAGAGCUAGACAGCAGCAUUACCCACUCUGAAGUUUUCUACAAGAGAGUUGAGUGAAUCUGUUUACAUUUAGAAUAAUGUUUUUUUCUUCAAGAGACGCAAUUGCAAUAGUAUUUUUUAGAUUUUAUCCAAGAAGUUUUUUGGGCAAAAAUCUUGGAUCAUUUUUAUGUAGCAUGAUUUUCCUUGGGAUGCAAAUCUGAAACAGUCCUUUAACAUGAACAAUCUGCAACACACUGAAGGGCAUUCUGAAUUGAUGCUUGGAGUACUGCACUAAACCCACUAAACAGAUGCAAAAACCUGACCAGGCCCAACACCCACCCUGCCUGGGCUCCUCUCCUCAUCCAGACUAACUCUACUGUGAAGUCCCACCACAUUCCAGGUUGGAAUUUUAGAUUCAGGGUGGAUUUCCCCUGCCGUGGAAGAACACAGGCAUCUCCCUAGCUUUCUCAUGCUAACCCUGAAAUAUGAUCACUUCUGAACCUGCUCCUUUCUUAACUGCCAGGAUUGGAGGCAAGAUCAUCAAGCCCAUAGGAUGACCGCGCAAUCCUGUUCAGUAUUGUGAAGUAGCCCUUAAUCCUAACUUUUAAGCAAAAUCCCUUGGCCGCACUUUUAAGGUUUGGUUGUUUGUUUUUUUAUAUAUAUAUGUGUAUAGUUACCAACUUAAAAAUAAAAAAUCCGAACAACAUACUUGAAGAAUGUAA